GCCUCCCAUAAAGAACGACUUCGGGUUUUCUUGACUCCUGCCGCCGCAGCCCCGGCUGUGGAGGCCCGGCAAUUCGCGAACAUGAACUUUGACUCGGGCACCGCGUACACUGAGUCGGACGCCGACGACGAGUAUGAGCGCGAUAUUCACGGAAGCUCCCCUAUCGAUCACACCGAUGUCGAGCACUCGCCCAUCGAUUCUGGCCCCCCCUCGGCCGAACAUACCCCUACAACAUAUGGCUACCGAAAUAGUGCAGACAGACAUAUAGAAACUUUGAUAUCCGACUGGUCUGCCGACGACUGCGCCGACUUCAUUGCUUCGAUUGGGCUACAGCAAUAUGCAGAUAGAUUUAUAGAAAACGAGAUUGUGGGAGAGGCCCUGGUCGCGUUGCAACAUGAUGAUCUCAAGUCGAUGGGCAUCAACAGUGUUGGCCACCGCUUGAUGAUUCUGAAAUCAGUCUACGAUGUAAAGAAGGCUCAAGAUGUUCCUAUCGAGGACGACCAUUACAUGCCUCUCACCGCCGCGACCGAAGCGCUAUCGGCGAACGCCACCCUCAACGACAUUAAGCAUCUCGCUGAGCAGUUGCGUUUGAGAGACGAGCGCAUGAGCCUCUUUGAGCAAGACCUGCGCCGGUUAACCGAAGACUUUAGGAGGUUACGGGAAGAUAUGCUACCGGCAUUGCGACUCGCCAAGGAUGCUCAGCAACCGCUACCAAGCGGACCGUCUUACGAAUCUACUUUGUCACCGCCAGCUCCAGCCUCGUCGGCGGGUAGCCAGCCAAGUGCCGGCCUAAGUCGGCAAUAUUCAACCAAGAGGAUCAUGCUUGGGACAACGCCGAAAGCAGUCUCCCCUUCUCAUCUUCAGACUUCCCACGGCCCGCCAUACGACUCUUCUGCAUCUAGUAGAGGUAUGCUGUCGUCGUCUCAUCUUGGCGCCAUGAACGGGUCUAGUGCCAACACAACCUCCGGUGGUUAUCCAUCACCGAACAUGCCAUCGCCUACCUCUCCGCCCACCACCAACAUGUCAGGCACUACCCUCGAUCCGAGGUCUUAUCGCGGUGAUAACCAACCCCCAUCAUCGAGUCGGUCCACCUUUGGCGAUAACGAUCACUACGGUUCUCAAGACAAACAACCUGUGUCCGCUCCCCGCAGAGGACAGACGCCAGCACCUGAUACCCCUGGUUCCGCGAGCAACUCGUCCGUCGAGAUCUUCAAGUCAUUCAGGGUCAGUAUGGAUGACCCAUGCUAUAAAGUUCUUCCGGCAGCGCUCAAAAAGUACCAAAUCAACGCUCCGUGGGACCAAUACGCUCUGUAUAUCGUAUAUGGCGAUCAAGAACGGUGUCUGGGACUGGACGAGAAGCCCCUCAUAUUGUUCAAGCAGUUGGACAAGGAAGGGAAGAAGCCCAUGUUUAUGCUAAGGAAGACGAACAACGCUCCAGCUGAGGAACAACCCGGGAGCGCAGGACUAUCGGCUGCGGCUCGCGGGGCGACGACCGUUUACGAUCCACCCGGAGGUAUCAUAUAAGCGAAUACUGGGGCGGGAGCGAGACUGUAGUGAUGCUGGGGUACUGCCCGUCCACUAUCCGAGCCGAACCGCUGGGGUGCCUUUUGGGCCGCACAGCUUUUGCAUAGCGUGCCGGAGGAUUAUGCUGUGACGGAAGCCCUGGCAUAACUGGAGGUCCGUCGCUCGAGUGGAAAUGUCUAUGAGAAGAAGAGAAGGCUGAGUCGAUGUUCAACGGUUCAGUGUCGCAUGACCGGCGGCCAGUUUCGUCAGGUUAGCUCUUAUCUGGGCUGGAAUGGGCGGCUUGAUAGCUGAGUUGGUGGAAAGGCAACCGCUGACAUGGACUCCAAUCGCCACAUACACAAUUCCAAGCAUAUUUUGUGUAUGAGAUCGGUAUACCAGUUAGCAUUGCCUCUUUUGUUAUCUUUUCUUUUUAAUUCAUUGGUGAGCGGCAUGGCAACGGGUUGGAGAAAAUAGCUUACUGCGCAACGGGGGGAACUGGGAGAAGGAGGCGAAUUUGGUGAACUCAAUCCCAUCCGAAAGCGUCGUCCACACCUUUCAAGAACAACACGUUUCGGAAUCAACGUGCUUGGAACUCAUCUGGUCUGGUUGAUUGAAGCAACGCCGAGGAAGAGGAGGAGGACAUCAAAGAGGAGAGGAGCCGGGGAAGGGAGGGGGGUCAAGUGGUGGGUUAAGAAAACUUUCGAACUUCUUGUGUUAUUUAUUUAUCAUUUAGAGUGAAGAGAUUCCAAACUCUGGUGCUUCAAC